CAUCAGCAUCAACCCCCUAUGGAAUGUUCACAAUCUCGUUCUUCGUGAUAUUCUUUCCGUUCGGCAUUGUUGUUUAUCUGCGGUCAUUCAACCUGAACCAUACGAAGCUAACUGGACGAAGUUAGCCUUCCUGCAAUCAUGUAUCAGACGGGGAGAGUGGUGACGAUGUUCGUCGUUUUGUUGUAUCUUCUGACUCACAUGUUCUGGUUUGCUUAUUCAUUGAGGGGUUUCUAUGUCAACUUCGAAAAAGUCGGAAACAUCACGAUCUACAAAACCUUCACAUUAAUGUAUGCGUCACGGUCAAGUGUCAACGUAAUCAAUCUCCUCGCUGAUCUGGCUGCUCUGACGGCCUUAUUCAAGGCAAAUCAAUGCCUUAUGCGUAGCAGCCGCUCCUGGACGUUCCUUCGUUGUUUCACGGAUGUGCGAGAUGGACUGGCGUUUUUAAUUGGAUCCUCGCUCAUCCUUACUGUCGCCUCACUUUGCAUCCGAGGUUGUGAAGUUUACUUCCUAAUAUUUGAAGAAGAAGAUUGUCUCGAUGGACUACUCGAUAUCCACAGGAAGCUAGCGGGAGGGAACAGAACAGACCCAGAUUUCAAUUAUCAUAGGAUAUCGGUAUUUGCUGCCCUGAAUGUAUGCAGCAGCUUAUUCGUCGGCUUUAAGUGCUUGCUGACAAUGCGAUGCUACGAGUUCUACGAGGACGCCUGGUAUCAACUGAAAAAGUCCAAAAUCAUACACGAGAAGGACCCACCUCUGGUACACCCUUGAGCCUUGACGCAUGUCGUAUACAGUCACGGCCACUCCAUCGCAUACUUCGCUACAUACUUGUGUAUACUACAUACUUCGCAUGGUUUCUUUUCGUUACGGUCACGACUUGAAACAAAUAAGAUGUCGUGUAGGUGCAGCA